AUGCUAUUAAAUCUCCAAAUUAUAAUAAUAUUUGCUAUAUGUAUAGUUCCAGUUACAAUCAUAGCUCAAACCCCAACCAAGUGCAACGCAUCGUGCGGCAUUUCGUCAGCCAAACACCUCCCUUUCCCAUUCGGCUUCUCCGCCGGCUGCCCAUUCCGUCUGAAUUGCACCUCAACCGGCGACAUUCUCAUUCAUGACUUUCCGGUCCAAAAGGUCACUCCCGACGUCAUUCUGAUCAAUUUACCGGCAAAAUGCGACCGACCCAUCACCGCCCUCCACCACCUCUUCGGCCAGAACUAUGCUCCAACGUCGUGUAACGGAAUUCUGCUACAAAACUGCAGCUUACCGAUCAAGCCAUGUUUGAUUCCGACCACCACGAUUCAAACCCACUUCGAAUUGCUCGAUUGUGUUUCGGAAAAGGGUAAUAAUAUUAGCUGUUACUCGGAGCAGAAUAAUCAGAGUCGGUUCGUUGACUAUACUAAGGUGAUACAGAGUGGUUGUGUGUCACUUUUCUCGGCCAUCUCUUUAGAGUCAUUGGGGAAUAAUUUAGAUGUGUCGAUUGAUGUUCAGGCGGUUCAAUUGGGGUGGUGGCUUGAAGGAGAUUGUGACUGUUCUCCAAAUGCGAAUUGCAGUAUGGUUGAGUCACCGGUCGGAAAGGGAUAUCGGUGUCGGUGCUUAGAAGGGUUCGUCGGUGACGGGUUUCCGGCCGGUUUGGGCUGUCGGAAAGGUGCGUUUCAGUUGCCUUAA